AUGUUCCAGGAGAACAUUAUUUGCAAGUGCCAUCCAAGUAAUAGCUUAAUUGGCAAGAGGUGCAUACAGAAGAACUAGAGCACUAUGUACAUCCAGUUGGACAAUUUAAACAUGAAGUUCCAUCUAAGUAAUAGCCAUCAGCACAAGUUUGGCAUUGAGUUUCAGAUGUGCAAGUUUUACAUUUAUCAUUGCAAUUAGUACAAGCUUGGUUAUCAACCCAAUAUCCUGAAUCACAUUUAGUACAUUGAUUUUAAGAUUCGCACUCAGCACAUGGAGCUACACAAGGCAAACAUUAAUUUCCUUGGAUGUAUUUUCCUGGAGCACAUGAUAUACAGUUUGUUUCACUUGUGGAACAUGUUUUACAAUUAAUAGAGCAAUCAUAGCAAUGUUAAGAAGAGUAGUAUUGGGAAUCUGUACAUGCCUAACAAUAUCCAUUGACAAUUUGAUAGCCGGAAUCGCAUGAGUUACAUUAUGUUGCAGAUGAGCAAUUAUUACAAUUAGUCGAACAGAUAAUGCAGCUUGUAUUAUUUAAAUAAGAGCCCAAUUGGCAUAGGGAGCAAUUAUUUGAAGUGGUUGAGCAUUUUAGGCAAUUCAGAUCACAAGGUUUGCAAAUUUAACCAUCAAGAUAAUAUCCAUCUAUACAGGAUGAGCAAUUUGAGUUUCCUCCAAGUGAACAGUUUACACAAGGGGAGGUGCAUAUUCUACAUGUCGAAAUGUCUAAAUAAUAUCCAGCAAUGCAUGUUUGA